UGUGCAGAGCAGACGGCACAAGGAGGAUCAACCUCAAGGAUCAACAGAGUGUUUCUCCAUCUGAAGAGACAGUGGUAGCCCAGGAAAUCCCUUGACAAUUGAAUACUUUGACAACUCUGGUUUUUAGUUUUGCUGUUAUUUAUUUAUUAGGCCAUUCAUUCUUUUGUCUAUUUUUGCCGGCAUUUUUUUUUAUUGUUUUAUUUUCAAUGAGAUCGUUACAGACGAAAAUCUCUUCAAUAGGCUACUGGUUGCAGCUUUUGGGGGCUAUUGGUUAGACUACUUACAGUUUUAUCGACUGGUCUCCAGAAGUGAAGAUAAAGGGAACGGAAAAGGAAAGUGUGAGGAGACAGAAGGAAAUACGUACCUUGUACAAAACAACGACCUGUGGGACUGUGCAUGUUAAUCCUAUCAAACGCAAAAUAUAAGUCUUCAAUCUAACAAAUAUGAAAUGGCAUGCAUUUAAAAGCCAGCGCAGACUUAAACUGCUCUCGAAUUGGAUUUGUAGUUGACACGUUUUUUAAAAAUAUAUAUAGUUGUAUUUUCUAUUUUGGUAUCAUUGUUUUUUUUCCCAUAAAUGCGGAAUAAAAUAUGUUGCAAUGUGCGGUUUAAAAUGGUUGGUUUUGAUGUAACAAAGAUAUUUGCUAUGUUUAUCUGAGACAAUAAAAUAGAUAGAAUUACACCCAAUAAUAAAGUUUUAGCAAUAUAUCUAAUAGGCCUACUUAUAUCCUUCGGUAAUUGUAAUGCAACGUUGGUGUGACAUAUAGGCUACACAAGCACUCUUGAUGUACAGGCAUUCCAUGCAUUGAAGACAAAGGCAGAGACAUCUGCCACUUUGUCCGGGACUUCGCGAGCUUCGAUUCCGCCACUGUUUUCUCAACUGGCUACACCAAAAAACAAUGACGGUCAAGUGACAGAACCUGAACAGAGAUAUUUUUUCUGAUUACAAACUUGUGUUCUCCAAAGUGGACUAUAGCAAAGUUUCGGUCAGAAAACUACAGUGAGCUAUAUGAAGAUCGCGACACAGAUUUUCCCUCGCAGAAAUGCCAGUGCGAAUGCCAGUGCGAACCACAAGGUUCAUGUACAAGGGGAAUUGCACUAUUCCAGAUAUCCUAUCAUACCGGACCCCCAUUAACCUGCCCGAGGAUGAGGUGGAAGAGAUCCGUGAGGCCUUCAAGGUGUUUGACCGAGAUGGAAACGGGUACAUCUCAAAGCAGGAGUUGGGGGUGGCUAUGCGGUCGCUGGGAUACAUGCCCAAUGAGGUGGAGCUGGAGAUUAUUAUCCAAAGGCUGGACAUGGAUGGUGAUGGCCAGGUUGACUUUGAGGAAUUUGUUGCACUGCUUGGACCAAAACUUAUUGCUGCUGGGAUGCCUGAUAAGUUCCAUGGGGCGGACUUUGACUCUGUAUUUUGGAAGUGUGACAUGUCAAAGCUGACCGUGGAUGAGCUGAAGAGGCUACUGUAUGACACCUUCUGUGACCACCUCACCAUGAAAGACAUUGAGAACAUCAUCAUGACUGAAGAGAGCCACCUGGACAUUCAAGAGUGCCAAGUAGACAUUGACACCAGCCCAACACAACAGAAGCACACAUGUGUGCGGAAGAGCCUGAUUUGUGCCUUCGCCUUUGCAUUCAUCAUCAGCGUAAUGCUUAUUGCAGCUAACCAGAUGCUUCGUAGAGGUAUGAAGUAGAAAGCCCUGUCCUCCACCACCAGACGGGUUGUUUUCUUCCUUAUCCUUUCACACUCAACCCAGUGACUAAGCAUAGACAAAUUGAACUGACAAAAAGGAACCUAAAUAACAUGUAAUUUUUUCCAGAGACAUAUUUAAUGACCAUUCUGUCCUGAGAUCCAUUUAGAGCCAGAGCACAGACCGAACACCCUGUUACCAAAACUAUCAACUGGACAAAUGGAUAUAGGCCAGGAACCUGAGGCACUAAAUGUCUUGCUUACCGUUUACCAUUAGUUUCAGAUGUUCUGAAGGUUACCACCCAACACAUUGUACCAUACACAAAAAGAAAGAACAAAUAUUAAGCAGUUAUACAAUCUCUUUGAUUCACCUCACUAUAAUGUUGCCCUAUACCAUUCACAAGGUACAUUUAUUAGCCUCCUAUUUCCUCUGAGAUAAAUGAGUAGUGUCUGUGCUCUAUUGGUAACCAUGUUGUCUGAAAUAUAUCGACAUUACUAGUGUAUAUUAUGUGGCAUUACAUCCUGCCGUUGCAAAGCAUGUAACCAACGGCAUUUUUUCUACAUACAUUUUUAUUCAACAGCACAUAAAGAACAUGUACAGUACAUACACAGUAUAACUCUACAGUACCAGCUGCAGUAGCCUACCUAUUGUAGAGAAUGAAAUUAGCGAUAUGGAGAUAUGAUUUGAGGGAAUUUCGUAGGCACAGAUAAUAAUAGUUAUCAUCAUCAAACCUGAGAUUCAUCUGCCAAUCUCUAUGUCUUGAGUCACUGUUCCGACGGCUGGCUCACCCCAGUUCUCCUUCUAAACACACAGCACAUAUACAUGUACAUAAUACCAAGUAAUAGGAUAUGUACUUCCUCUGUGGUGUUCACCUUCAAAUGAUUAUGCAAAUGAUAGUUAUUAUUGCAAAAAAGUACAUUGUUCAUUAACGUUUUCUGUAAAUAUUUAUAUUCUGUGAAUGUGGAGACAAUUUCAAAGGACAUUUAAACAAAUGUUUUGUUUUGCUUUUGACAUGGUCCACCAAAACAACAUUCAGCUAUUGUUUAGAAUGUAAACAUGCUUUUUUAAAAUUAAGGUUCUAAUGUAUGAUUCCCAGGUUUACUGAAACAUCAUUCUAACACAAUUAGUAAUUUGUUAAUGGCCAUGUACUUACAUUUUACGUAUUGCUCUAUUGUCAUAUUUAUUUUUAGAAAACUAUGUUUUCUCUUUAUCAUAUAUGAAGAAUUGAAUUAUCGUUUUGAUGAAAUGCUAUAUAUAUAUAUAUUAUUUUACACUUUUUUAUCACAAACUGAAUCAAGUCUAUAUCAUACCAGAAAAUAGCAUAUCAAAUAGUGAAAAAGAAUGGGGCUUGCAAUAGUCUAGCUUGAUGAGGGUGACAAAAUGUUGCUCGGUUAUCUGUUCAUAUUUAUAUGAGAAUUAACUAUUUGACAUUACAUGCAUUUGUGCAAACGUGAAAUAGCCAGUGUAAUAGACAAUACAUCCAAAAAUAUUAAAGCACUGAUAUUGUAUUAUGACCACUGUUAAAUUGCAUUAAUGAGGAGAAUAUGUUAAUGUACAGUUUGUUGAGAGCUGAUCUGAUGUUUAUUCAUGUCCCUCAAUGUGUUGUCAUAUGAAGCAGAUUUGUUCUCUAUAUGUGACUGUGAUUGCCAUCAAGUCAAACAUAGUGCAGCUCUGAUACUUUGUGUCAAACGCUGGGGGAAAUGCACUUAUCAAUCAUUUCAGAAUAACGUGUCUUAGGGAUCAACUAUUCUUGAUAGAAAAAUAACUUGCAAACAAAUGUAUUUCUUAUCAGAAAUCAAUGUCUUGCAAAUAAAAACUAACGCAAUAUACUGUAUACUGUAUGGACAUGGAGAAUGGAAAUUACCCCUCAUGUGAACCUUCAAGUGUCUGUUGUUGCCUUUGGUUGAACUUUCUAUGGCAUUCUUUCAGCAUCAGUAAUCUCAUCCUAUGCACUGUAAUGGCACAUAAGUAUCCAUCACCACAUCAAAUAUACAUUUAUAAACGUGAUGUCUGGAUGCAUGUUGUCCAAUAAACAAACACAAAUGUAA